CUCUUCCGUACUUUACAUAUACAUUAAUUUUGACAGAAUAAUUAAUGUAAGUACUUUUCAAAUUUUCACUUUUAAAGCUUCCAAAAAUUGGCUCCAUUUACUGUACUUCCAUUAUAAGCACUUCUACGCUACUUUGAUUUUUUAUGUGGUAAUUAACAUUACAACACAAAUGCUGUUGAUUGGUCUAAUCUAAUAAUAUAUAUAUUUCUAUAUUUCUAUAAUAUCAUGGUGGCGUGGUAGUGCCACUCACAAUUAGGGGUGUAAUGGUUCUCAGUAAAAAAUCUAACAGUACGGUUCUCCACCCAUGGUUCGGCACACACUUGCACCACGGUUAAUUUUAAAUAUUAUGACGCAUCUAUGUUUCUGUUGAUGAAUAUGCUUUUUGGCUUUCAAAUACGUAAAAAAAUAAAAAAAAUAAAAACCCGCCAAACCCGCAUUUCAGACAGUGCAAAAAUAUUGAGUUCUCUUUCAAGUCUUGUGCUUAAAUGGACAAAUUCACACAAAAAUUAUGUCAACAUGCCCUUAUUUGCGAGCAUCCUAGCAAACAUAUAGGACACUAGUAACUAAAACAGUCGAGAAAGACAACGCAUGUAUAAGAGUAUCAGUAUGUUGGAUCCGUGUAUUAUGUCUUAAAGUGACAGCAGCCUAAUAUUACUGUCUAUGUUUUAAUGUUAAUCAAACAACAAAAGACAAGGAAAUCACUUACUGUUCUUGACUGAAUAGCUUUUAUAACUUUAAUAAUGAUUAAUCUUUAUUUAAUUUAUACAGUGGUGAUUAUAAUUUCUAUAUCUGAAAACUCCUGUUAGCAGUUUAUUUUAUUUGUAUCAUUGCUCUGUUGUAUUUAUUUGUGCCGUUGCCUCUAGUUUGAUUUUUUUUGUUCUUAUUUUUUAUUUAUUUGACAAUAGUUGUUUUUCCCCUGAACAUAGCAAUUUUUCCGGAAUUGUACCCAAACUGUGACCCUAAAACCGUAACAAGUAAUUUGAAUCGUUACCCCCUUAGUAAAAAUCUAGCUUGGUUUCCGUGUUUUUUAUAUUUAUAUGAAUAACUUGCACUAUUACAUACACAGAGUUUGAGCAAAGUGUAAAUGCAUGACCAUGACGUUGUGUGUGUUAGUACUGUAUGUGACUCAGCGGGGAAGUGAAUCCUGGCAGGCUGUUUGGUUGGUAGUUUUGGAUUUCACAUCUAUUAAUAGUCGUUUUUCUCUGGUUCUCUCCUUCACCAAUUACCUCCCAGUUUUCAACUGACAUUUCCAAGUUUUCAUCCCAACAUCAUUCCUUCUAAAACAGUGGCUAUAAGAGAGACCGAUUUGAUGGACAAAGGACAAAGUUAAAUAUUUAUUUUGAAAAAUAUUACUUUGGAUGCCACAGAAACAAGGACACCACGAUUCCAGACCAGUACUGUCCACUAUUGAGAGCUGUCUGAGUGAGGAAACCCAUAUAACGGACACCACAAAUAUGAAAAUAAGCAUCAAAUAGGAGUACAUCACUGUACAGAACAUUCUCACAGUGGAAUUAACCACCGUACUUUCAAAGGACACUGUAUAUCAGAGGCUGUUGCUGUUGGAUCUGAGAGUUUACAGUCAUGUCUCCGUUCCUGAGGAUUGGUUUUUCCAGCUUUGAGAUGGACCCAGGGCUUGCUUACCAUGAAGAAGUACUCAAUCCAUACUGUGCUGUCUACAUGAAAGAGGCUGUGGAGACUGAAAAAGGUCAAGUGUACAAGCAGAAGCGGCCCACCAUGUAUCCGCCUUGGAGCAGCACGUUCGAUGCUCACGUCCACAGAGGACGGGUAAUGCAUGUGGUGGUCAAGGACAAGACAGCUGAGCUAAAGACGGAGGCUACUGUCCAGCUUGACACCCUCGCAUCACGCUGCAAGAAAGAGAAUGGCAAACUGGAGAUCUGGGUGGAACUGAAGCCACAGGGUCGCGUACUGAUGGAGGCGCGCUAUUUUCUGGAGAGGAGUGACGCUGCAGGUCAUGGUGAAGCGGAUCGAGAAAGUGAACGGGAAAAAGAAGGGGUGUUCGCCCUGCAUCACAGACGAGGAGCCAUCAAACAGGCCAAAGUUCACGUGGUCAAAUGUCACGAGUUUACCGCCACCUUUUUCCCUCAGCCGACUUUCUGUUCAGUCUGCAAGGAGUUUGUCUGGGGCCUGAAUAAACAGGGAUAUCAGUGUCGACAAUGCAAUGCCGCCAUCCAUAAAAAGUGUAUCGACAAAGUCAUCGCCAAAUGCACAGGCUCAGCAAUAAAUAGUAAAGAAACUAUGAUCCAUAAGGAACGUUUUAAGAUUGACAUGCCUCACAGGUUUAAAGUGUAUAACUACAUGAGCCCGACGUUCUGUGAACACUGUGGGACCCUGUUAUGGGGUCUUGCUCGGCAGGGCCUCAAAUGUGAAGAGUGUGGCAUGAACGUUCACCAUAAAUGUCAGAGGAAAGUAGCAAACCUUUGUGGCGUCAACCAGAAGCUAAUGGCAGAGGCCCUGGCUAUGAUUGAGACCACUCAACAGCAGGCUCGGAGCUCGCGGGAUGAGAUUGUUGGUCGAGAGGGUCCAGUGGGUGUAAGUCAGGUAGGGGUCACUAGAGAGCCUUCAGGCCACUUACCAGUUUCUCCUCUCAAGCCUGCACCACCUCUGCCACGCAAAGAGCAUCAAGGUAUUUCAUGGGACUCUUCGGCUGAGGGCCGCAGGCCAAGCCUUGAAGAGCCUGAGCCCCUGUAUGCCACCCCACGCAAAGAGCACCACAAAUUCACCCUAGACAAUUUUACUCUGCAUAAGAUGCUGGGCAAAGGAAGCUUUGGAAAGGUUUUCCUGGCCGAGCUAAAAGGCUCAGGGCAGUUCUUUGCAGUGAAGGCCCUGAAGAAAGAUGUAGUUCUGAUGGAUGAUGAUGUUGAAUGCACUAUGGUGGAGAGGAGAGUGCUGUCUCUGGCCUGGGAACACCCCUUUCUCACACACCUCUACUGCACCUUCCAGACCAAGGAAAAUCUUUUCUUUGUGAUGGAGUACUUAAACGGAGGCGACUUAAUGUUCCACAUUCAAACCUGCCACAGAUUUGACCUCCCACGUUCCACGUUCUACGCAGCAGAGAUCAUAUGCGGCCUGCAGUUUCUACAUUCUAAAGGCAUCGUGUACAGAGAUCUUAAGCUGGAUAACAUUUUACUAGACAUUGAUGGUCACAUCAAGAUUGCUGAUUUUGGCAUGUGUAAAGAGAACAUGAUCGGAGAAGCUAGAACGUGCACCUUCUGUGGAACACCAGACUACAUCGCACCUGAGAUUCUGCUUGGGCAUAAAUAUGGGACUUCUGUAGACUGGUGGUCAUUUGGUGUCCUUCUUUAUGAGAUGUUGAUUGGUCAAUCCCCAUUUCAUGGGCAUGACGAGGAAGAGUUGUUUCAGUCCAUUCGCACUGAUGACCCGAACUACCCACGCUGGUUAUCUAGAGACGCACGGGACAUUCUUGAAAAGCUAUUUGUCCGGGAGCCGGAGCAAAGGCUGGGUAUGAAAGGAAAUAUACGACAGCAUGCGUUCUUCAGAGACACAGACUGGAAGGCACUGGAGAAACGACAGGUGGAACCACCAUUCAGGCCCACUGUGAAAUCAGCAAGUGACUGUAGCAACUUCGAUAAGGAGUUCAUAAAUGAGAAGCCUCGACUUUCCGUCACAGAUCGUAUCAUCAUCAACAGCGUGGACCAGAGCAUGUUUAACAACUUCUCCUUCAUCAACCCCGUCAUGGCCCGUCUCAAGAGCCCUUGACUCACAAACAUUCAUUAAAGACAUUUGUGCAAAAACUGUGAACAGGUCCAAAGCAAAAGGCAAACACUCACCUGAACCAUAUCAGCCUCUAGUCAACCUCAUUUCA